GUUGGCUCGACUGAGAAGUCCUUCUCCAGGGGCAUCAGCACGGAUGAGCGUCCGAAGCGACCUCUGACGCCCUAUUUACGCUUCUUCAUGGAAAACCAUCCAGUUCUCAAGCAAAAAAAUCCAGAAAUGGGCAGCAAGGAGCUGGUUAAAAAAUUGGCAGGUACUUGGAGGGAGUUACCAGCAUCGCAGAAGCAGGUUUAUGAGGAAGCUAGCAAGACAGACUGGCAAAGGUAUGAAAAAGAGGUGGCUGCAUAUAAAGCACAGCUAACUCCAGCCCAGGCUGCAGCUUUGAAAGAAGAAAGGAGUAAACGACUAGCAAGAAGAAGAUCAUUAAAGUUAAAAAAAGAAUUGACUGUGCUUGGAAAACCUAAAAAACCUCGAAGUGCCUUUAACAUUUUUGUGUCAGAAAAAUUUAAAGCAAGUGAGGGAGUUUCACCUGCGGCAAAGCUGAAGCAUUUAUAUGAUACAUGGCAAAAACUGUCAAGUUCCCAAAAGCAGCCGUACCUGCAGCUUGCUGAAGAUGAUAAGAUUCGGUAUGAGAAUGAAAUGAAGCUGUGGGAAGCAAAAAUGGUUCAACUUGGACGUGAAGACCUGGUCCGUUCCGGAAAGGAGAAGCCAAAAAAGAAAACUGCUGAAACUGCAAAGAAAGCUGAACCGGUUAAAGCUUCCUCACAUGAAAAAAAGGUGAAAUUAAAGUUAAAAAAAUCAGAAGAAUAA